AUGAAGUACUCUACCGUUCUUGCAGUUCUCGUGGCUGCUGCCUCAGCACGUCCAUCCCUUCUUCCGAGGCAGGAGAAGAACGCCAGCGUUGAGGAUGUCGUCGCUUCAUUCAAUGGACUGAGCGAGGCCCAGCAAGCCGACUUUCUCAACCAAGUCACUCAAGCCAAUGCGCAAGUCGGCGCCGAGCAGAAUGCAGAUGCUCAAAAUGCCGAUGAGCAAGCCGCCAACGAGCAAAAUGCAGAUGAGCAAGCGGCUGCUGCCCAGGAUGCCGCUGCCCAGGAUGCCGCUGCCCAGGACGCCGCUGCUCAAGAUGCCGCCGCCCAGAAAGCCGCGGCCAAGCAAGCAAAGGCCGAUCAAGCAGCAGCAGAGCAAGCAGCUAAGGAUCAGCAAGCCCAACAGGACGCCCAACAGAACAACAAUGACAACAACAACGACAAUAACAACAACAACCAGGGCGACCAAAAUGCUGCAGUUGAUGCCAUUGCCGCCUCAGGAGGCAAAGCAGAUGUCAAGGUCGACGGCUCGAAGUCCGAUGACAACAACGCCAACGUCAACGCAGUUGCAUUGGACGAUGGUGAGGUCAGCGUCAACAUCGAAUGA